AUGCAAUACUGCAGGUGUGACCUUCAACCUCUGGUGGGCGUCAAAGUACCACAGGCACGCAAGAGUGUUCGCGUGACGGCAUGUCUUAGUGCCUUUAGUCUGGUGGUAAAUAGUUCCGACAUCAAACAGGAGCAACUACGUCUCGACGCCUGGAUUGAGCUCGUGAUGGUACCUAUUUGUGCCAUCAUUUGGGCUUACGGGUGUUGA